CAACUUCAAUUGACUCUGGAGUUGCUGAACUGUCAGGAGAAGACAUCAUCCCUACAUGAGAAGGUCAUUCUUGGACAUCUGCUAUCCUUACCCUUCUCUGCAUCCACAACAGGGGAGUCACAGCUGCUGAGUGUUUGACUAAAGUGUUGCUCCAGGGAAACUAAGAAAGGUGAAUGAUUUGUUGGCAGCCCCUCAUCCAUCAUCCUUCCUCUGUGAAACACUUCUGCAGAAAAUGGUUCAUUUCUAGUCACAAGGACCAUCUUGCCAUCUGUCCCAUCAUCCCAGGAAUUCUGUGAGAUGGACUCAAGUAAGCAAGGUGCUCUUAAUAGGAUUGAGAAUUCUGUCUAUAGAACAGCCUUCAAAUUACGAUCUGUGCAAACUCUUUGUCAAUUGGACUUGAUGGACAGCUCCCUGAUUCAGCAGGUUCUAUGGUAUGGACAUUUUGGGGAGAGCUCAGACACCUCCAUUUCUGGGCAGCAGCUUUUUCAGGAGCUCCGGGAGCUGUUUCAGAGAACUGGGAUAGGAAAUCCAGCCCCAGUACACCCAAGAGCACCGGAGCUCACUCUGAGUCUUCUUCUGGCCAUGUUUGACAGAACAGGAUCAGGUAUUCUUAAGCUUCAACCUGUGGCUGCUGCACUAGUUGCCCUCUCUGGGGACAGCCCUCUUACAAAGUACAGAGCUUUUUUCCAGCUCUAUGCAGAAAACAACAGGAGAGGCAAUGUUUCCCAAGCCCGCAUGACCCGGAGAGUUUUGAGAGCCCUACUAACAGAUCUACAGCAGAUCCCAACUGUUGUGGGAGAGAGCUGCACUUUGUGUCCCGUGGAAAGUGCUAUCCACAGCUGCUUCCGAGGGGUGUUGAGCUCUGGAAUCAAGGAGGAGAAAUUCCUGUCUUGGGCACAGUCUGAGCCUCCUGUCCUCCUGUGGCUCCCAACCUGUUACCGACUGUCAGCCUCAGAAACAGUCACUCACCCUGUGCGGUGUAGUGUCUGCCGAACCUUCCCAAUCACAGGACUGAGAUACCGCUGUCUAAAGUGCCUCGACUUUGACAUCUGUGAGCUGUGUUUCUUAACUGGGCUCCACAAAAAAUCCCACCAGAAGUCACACACUGUGAUGGAGGACUGUGUCCAGAUGUCAGCAACAGAGAAUACAAAACUCCUCUUCAGGAGCCUCAGAAACAACCUGCCCCAGAGACGCCAGAGGGCAGGAGCCGUGGGGAGAGAGUGGCUGCUGGACCAGCUGGCUUCAAGGAACUCAGCUAACCACAGGCAGGCCAGGCUUUGCAUUCAGUAUAAAGGCCCUAAAGCCCCAGUAUAUGCAAGCUCAACCAGAGCAGUGGAAACAGCUGCCACAAAACCCACCAGAGUCCUGUGUCAAAGGCCAUCACCUCUGCGAGCAAGUGACAACCCAGACCACCAGACCAUAGUCAACAUUAAGAAUGAACUGUGGAGGACUCGUGACUCUAUCAGUGCUCUACACAAGGAAAGAAGGCUCCUUAGAAAACAGUUACGCAGAUACAAGGACAAAUUGCAAGGUACAUACACCUUACAGGAAGAACAGAACUGCAGAUUUGAAACGAAGAUUCAGGAGCUCACAACCAACCAGGAUAACCUAUGGACCAAGCUGCAACAGAUGAGGCGAGACCUACAGGCACUGUUGCAGCCAUUCCAUCCUUCUUCUUCUCCUCAAACCAUAGUAUCCAAGAUUGUCCAUUCUUUACCAGAAGAUGGUUUAUGGGAAGGAAAUGACUCUUCCUGCAUCAGGAGUGUCACUAGAGAAAGUCCAGAAUGGGAACCUCUUCCUAACUCUGCCCAGGUGGACAGAAAUCACAAAUGUCAAGCAAGUUCAGGGAAAGCUUUACCAGGCUCUGAAUCCCCAGAGAUCAUUUUGCAGAGCACCAGGAAACAAAGUCACCCACAAAAGAUGUUGAGGAAAGUUUGUAGUUUCCCAUCUGUACACCAGGAGGAACUGCAGGACAAUCUCCAGAUUCCUCCUACUGAAGUGAACAGCUCUGCUCAAACACCUUCAGCAAGGAAAGAGAUGGACCGCUUCAGUGAAAAGAGAAACAACUUGGAAGACGAGGAACUACAAACACUCUUGCCCAGACUCCUGGGUGCCUUUGACCUAGACUCACCAACAAGUCUGCAGCCUUUGGUGGAUAUGGAGCUGUAUGGCAGAGCCGAGCAGGUGUGCAGGGCCUUCUCUGCCCUUGUGGAUGAAAUCACCUUGCCCAUCUCAGAGUGAAAAGGAAUCCAGACUCGAAGGCCCCUUGGUGUGAUGGCAAAACCUUUAUUCAAAAUCUGAAUUUUAAAGAAGCGAGCCUUUAUCAUAUCUCUAAGUGGUUUACGUGGAGAGUGUGGCGUUAUGUUUUGUUUAUUUUCUCUAACUUCCCUUCUCAGCUCUCUUAGUUCCUCUAUAUAGAAUGAAACUGUGAGGGUGAAGA